AUGUCAGAGUCUGACUUCCUGUCUGGGAGGCGGCAGGUGACCGUCCUGGGGCUGGGACUUCCCACCGCAGUGGGCGAGGCAGGAGCCAGCGUGGUGCAAGGGCCAUCAUGUGGUUUGGUUUUUUUUUCUCCCCAGUUUUGGGAGGUCAUCAGUGAUGAGCAUGGGAUCGACCCCACUGGCAGUUACCAUGGAGACAGUGACUUGCAGCUGGAGAGAAUCAAUGUGUACUACAACGAAGCUGCUGGUAACAAAUACGUACCUCGGGCCAUCCUGGUGGAUCUGGAGCCAGGCACCAUGGACUCGGUCAGGUCUGGACCAUUUGGUCAGAUCUUCAGGCCAGACAACUUCGUGUUCGGUAUGUAGUCCUGAUCCAUGGCA